AUGUGUUCUGCCAGCCUGGAUAUUGGGAUUAUCUUCCUCACUCAGACAGGGAUUGGCCUUGUGGGAAAUUCCUCCCUCCUUUGUCUUUAUAACUUCACUCUGCUAACUCGACAUCACUUGAGGCCCACAGAUUUAAUUCUCAAUCAACUGGUCUUGGCCAAUUCCAUUGUUCUUAUCUCUAAAGGUAUCCCCCAGACCUUGGUGGCUUUCGGAUGGAAUUAUUUCCUGGACGAUAUUGGAUGUAAAAUUAUCUUCUUUAUUUCUAGAGUGGCAACAGGAGUGUCCUUGAGUACCAUCUGCCUUUUCAAUGGUUUCCAGGCCAUUAAACUUGACCCCAGUAUUUGGAGAUGGAUGGAGCUUAAGAUAAGGUCCCUAAAGUUCCUUGGCUUCUUCUGUUUCUUCUGCUGGAUUCUGCAUAUUUUGGUAAAUUCGUGUCUUCCUAUAAUAGUGAGUGGUCCAUUGAAUAUCAAAAAUACCAGUAUAGAAAAUAAUUAUGGGUACUGUUCUUGGCAUUUAAGUGGAGAUCUUUUAGAUUCAUUUUAUACAAUCCUGUAUUUUUCUUCUGACCUCAUAAGUUUGGGCUUCAUGAUCUGGGCCAGCAGCUCAACCAUCUUUAUCCUGUGCAGACAUAAACAGAGAGUCCAACAUAUUCACAGGCACCGACUCUCUUCCAGGCCUUCCCAUGAGGUCAGAGCCACUAACACCAUUCUAAUCCUGGUGAGUUUCUUCGUCACCUUUUAUUCAAUAUAUAUCACGCUGACACUGUGGAUGACACUGGUUACAAAUCAAGGCCAGUGGGUGGUGAACACCUCCGUGCUUGUGGCAUCGUGUUUCCCAGCGUUCAGCCCCUUUGUGCUCAUCAUCAGUGACACCAGAGUCUCUCGGUUGUGUUCUGGCUGCAGGGCGGGGAGAAGUGCUUCCUAA